AUGCGCAUCCGGCUGCCUUUCGCAGGCGCCUUCUUUAUCUUACUUCUCGUCGCUGCAUAUGUCGGCCUUUCGAAAUUACAGCUUGGUGGCCUAAUCAACGACAAACUCCUCCAUGUCAUCGCCUUCUUCAUCCUCACCCUCGUCUUCUACUGGGUGGUCGAUACGAAUCGCCGACGUCUUAUGAACAUGACCAUUGUCGUCUGUACGCUCAUUUUGGGCAUUGGCUCCGAAUUUCUCCAAUCAUUUUUGCCCAACGACCGAGACUUUGACAUGUAUGAUAUCGUUGCAAACAUUGUAGGCAGCUUGUCUGCGCUACUCCUUUGCUCGUGGUACCACAAUCGCAUGCUUGAGCGCAAGCGACAGAACAAGACAUACAAUGCUGUCCCAGGCGAGGAUGAAGAGGACGUCGAACUAGGCCGAGGUCAAGAAACUGGCAUUGCCGACGGCCCUGCUACACUAGAAGAGGAGGUGGACAAUUGGGAUGAAAAUGCUGAAGACAACUGGGAUGAUGCUGAGGAAGAAGCCGACGCUGCUCCUGUAGCGCCUACCAAGAAGGAUUAA